GUGCCCUUUCGCGUGUUAUCAUGUGCUUUUCCUGCCGAAGGAGCCCCUUCGUAUUGGUCAUCUCGGCAAAUUUCUACAGGUAAAGAAGCUCUGCGGUACGUGUAUGUUACUAACAAGUCUCCAGCUAGUGCUCAAUAUGUCACUAGUAAGGACGACUAAGCUAGUGGUACUAAAACCCCCCCUUUGCCCCAUGUCGAACCUGUUAGGCAGGUAGAGCCCUUGCCCACUCGACUCCCGAUCCUUCCGGAAAUUUCGUAUAUAUUUUGCGUUCUGGUUCGACUCUCGGAAGUACUGAGCAAAAAUCCCCGACCAUCUUGAGAUCUGCGCAUUGUUGCCCUUUGGCUCAUUUCAAAAUGCAGCUGCAGACUCUCGCAGGUUUUCUGCUCUUCUGCUCGCCAGCGUUGGCAGCUCCGACCACUACAGGCCCUCCAAGUACGAGCUCACUGGGGACCCUUCGAGCCUUGAACUACAAUAACCUGGGCCCGGAGAAUAACGGAACUGCGGUUGUGCUCGUAUAUGAUGAGCUGUCUAAGUCAGAGGCUCAGGCACGCUGUGCCGCGAUUGGCGAGGAUCUCUACCCACUGGGGUCGGCUCCUCAAACUGAUCGCUCGGAAUUGGACUACCAGCUUGCCUACCUCGUCUUUUCCGGUGAUGUUGGACCAAAUAGCCGUUUCUGGAUAGCCACCGAUAGUUCGUCGAAAGAGUGCUUAGCAUAUUCUCAAAGACAGAAGCUAGCCAUAUCUGCACCGUGCAGCUCCAAGCUCCCCGCCAUUUGCACAUCCCGUGUGCCUCCUACCACCGACAAGAAUAGAGCUGUCGUUGAGACAUCAAAGAUCGUCGUCGCAGCGGAGAACUACACUCUUACUGGUUAUCGUGACGCGCGAUCAUUUCGGUUCCUUGGUGUUCCUUUCGCAGAUCCCCCAGUAAACGAGUUGCGCUUCGCUCCUCCGAAGCCCUUCUCUGGCCCUAAGAAACGCGAUGCAACCAAAGUAGCCGAGAGCUGUGUUCAAUCUCAGUCGGCCUUUGGGACAUUGGGCAAUGGAGGUAUCUCUGAAGAUUGUUUAUACCUCAAUGUGUUCACACCCAUCCUGCCUGCAGGGUCAAGCAAGAACUCAACUCGCAGGCCAGUCGCCGUGUAUUUCUACGGUGGUGCGUUUGUCAGUGGCAGCGCAUCUAUGAUUGACUAUGAUGGUGGGAACUUUGCCAGCCGCAAUGAUGUCGUGGUUGUCACAGUCAACUACCGGGUGGGAGCUCUGGGGUGGCUGACUACCGGAAAUCUGACAUCCGGAAACUAUGGCACAAGAGACCAGAUACUCGCACUAAAAUGGGUCAACAAACAUAUCGCAGCUUUUGGCGGAGAUCCAUCUCAAGUUUCCAUUUUCGGUCAGUCAGCGGGAGGCCAGAGUGUUGUCGCAUUGCUAUCCUCAACUGCCGCCCGUGGUCUUUUCUCCGCUGCUAUUGCUCAGUCCGCACCUGUAGAUCUGCCGUGGUUUACGCGCGAGGUAUAUUCCAAUGUCAUUGCCCCCGAAGUAGCCAAGGCUGUCGGCUGCAAUCAAACCACCACCGAGAAGGAACUUGUAUCCUGCCUGAGAUCCGUUCCAGCAACUAAGUUCCUAGGUAACACAACGGACUUCAAAAAGGCCACGGCCGCUUGGACUCAAGUCCUCGCCUCGGACUACCUCCAUGUUAGCCAGUUGCUCGCAUCCAUCGAACCCCUAAUGCCCAUAGUUGAUCCCCGCUCUGGUGUAAUCGACGACCAGUUCUACAAGCUACUCGCCAACGAACGCCUUCCAAACCGCGUACCCACCAUGUUCUCAACUGUCGCGGAUGAAGCUUCCCUCUACGUCGCCCAAUACGUGCCAGCCCUCGGCGCAAGUCAAGGGACUCUCAACACGCUCUUCAAAACCGCCUUUCCACCCAAACUCGCCGAAUCCCUCACACGUACCAAUGUUUUCCCGAUCAACCUCACGGACCCAGACAGCACCCGCAAUGUCGCAGCUGAUGCCCUAACUUACAGCGAAUGGAGCUGCCCACAAUCCUACCUCCUCCGCAACGGUGGUCAACGCGUCUUCCCCCAACUCUAUGAAGUUGAGAUCACCCAAGGCCACAGCCAGACCAACGUCACCGUGCCGGAGGUCUGCCUUCCAAACAAAAACUUCAACGCCAGUUGCCACACAGCAGACGUCCUUCCAGUCUGGGGAACCCUCAACAGCAAGACCAAAAAUGUAGACCCCUACUUCGACCAGAAUGAUAUCCUCCAUUCGCAGCUGCUGAACGAUAUAUGGGGCUCUUUCUUCCGCUCUCAUAACCCGAACCCAGAUCAGGCCUUCUUGAAGGUCCGUGGCCCUGCCUAUGCGUCUACGUACGAUAUCUUCGUGAAGAACGGGUACCGCGUGCCGGAGUAUCGGCCUGAAGAUCGGAAUGUCAGCUUGUUGGGCAUGCCGCCUUCUUGGACUGACAAUCCCGGUUUGUCGAGGAAGUGUGCCGUCUUUGAGGACUACGGGUUUACGUUUCAGAACGCCAACUUUACAGCUUAAUAUUCAUACAGUGGGUACAAAGGUGGUCCGAAGGUAAGGGUCGGACGUAAUGACGUUGUGACUUACGAUUGUACAUGUACCUA